AAAAACGACAUAUGGAAAACCUAGCAAACUUCAAAAAGUUCUCAAGCUUCAAAUUUGCCACCCCAACCUCUCCCAAAGCCGCCCACCGAACCAGCGGAAGAACAAGAAACUGGUUUCAAUGGGAGAGCCCCUCCAUGAUUCCUCGUUCUUUCCACGGGACUCAAAGUCCCUCGAGGGCGAGUCACGUUAGUAGCCAUUUUUGUGAUCUGGAGCUUGAGGGUGAAGACGAUGAGGACUUUAGUCGCGGUACAAAGUGUAUGGAAGAUGGUCAUAUACAACAGGAACUGAAUCAAGUUUCCAUUUCGAAGCUUCCACUUGUUGAAAGCAAAGGCGAACAAGACCAGAAGCCAAAGGAGUCGAGGGACGCGAGAUUAUCGGUCAUCCUGCUCGAUCAAGGCCUUUUCACAGUCUAUAAGCGACUCUUUGUAACUUGUUUGGCCUUAAACAUCACCUUUUUGCUUCUCUCAGCAACCGGAAAGUUCCAAUAUGCGACUGACAAAGCUGCUCUUUUUUCCAUUGGCAACAUUCUUGCUCUGACCUUAUGCCGGAGCGAGGCGUGUUUGAGGGUUGUUUUCUAUAUCACAGUGAAAGUUUUCGGCCGGUCGUGUGUCCCACUCCGCGUCAAGACUGCCAUCACAUCUCUCCUCCAGUCCCUUGGGGGGAUCCACAGCGGGUGCGGUGUCUCCUCCAUCGCCUGGCUCAUUUACGCUUUAGGUCUCACUCUUAGAGACAGAGAAAACACUUCCACUGAGAUCAUUGCAGUUGCAUCUACCAUUCUCUUUCUCCUCUGUCUCUCUUCUCUGGCAGCAUUCCCUUUAGUCCGUCACCUGCACCACAACAUCUUUGAAAGGACCCACCGUUUUGCCGGGUGGACCGCUCUUGGUCUCCUUUGGGUCUUUAUCCUCCUUACAAUCUCUUAUGAUCCGAAAACCAAAUCGUAUAAUGGCAACCUUUGUUCAAAACUUAUCAAAAGUCAAGAAUUUUGGUUGACUACAGUGAUUACAGUAUUCAUAAUCCUUCCAUGGAUCACAGUGAGACGAGUCAAGGUUAAUGUCUCCGCUCCCUCCACCCACGCCUCGAUCAUCAAAUUUGAAGGUGGUGUAAGACCUGGUAUAUUGGGUAGAAUCAGCCCAUCACCCUUUUCAGAAUGGCACGCUUUCGGAAUCAUUUCAGAUGGGAAGAAAGAGCACAUGAUGUUGGCUGGUGCGGUGGGUGAUUUCACAAGGUCCUUGGUCUCGAACCCACCGAGUCACCUUUGGGUUAGAACUGUUCAUUUUGCUGGACUUCCUUAUCUAGCAAACUUGUACGAUAGGGUUUUGGUGGUGGCUACUGGCUCGGGUAUUUGCGUCUUUUUGUCGUUAAUUUUGCAGCCUCGUGCGGCUAACAUUUGCUUGCUUUGGGUGGCAAAAGGGAUUGAGCAAAAUUUUGGUAAAGAGAUCAAAGAGUGGGUGAGUGGGCACCCGAAAGAAAAGGUGAUUGUUCAUGACACGGCGGUGCUCGGACGCCCCAACAUCUCACAAAUGACCGUGGAUACUGCGAGAAAUUGGGGAGCUGAGGCUGUGAUCGUUACUAGUAAUCCAGAAGGAAGUAGGGAUGUUGUCAAUGCAUGCAAAGCUGCUGGAAUUCCUGCCUUUGGCCCUAUUUGGGACUCUUGAAAUAUAGAAUAUAUUGGUUACUACUUCUUCGGUUAGAAAAAAAAAUUUUUUGGGUGUCAGUUGUUAUUGUGUCUUUGCUUUAUGGAAUCUAUAUGUUCCUCCAUAGUAAAGGAGAUAAU